ACACUCUUUUUUUUAUCCGAUAGUCUACUCAGUAUUUUUUACCUGGUAAAUCUCUGUGUUUCGGAUCUUUUGUAUAUUUUAUCUCUGCCUGUUUGGAUUCAGAAUUCCCUCAGACCUCAUGUGGGCAACACACUGUGCAGUCUGACUUAUUUCAUCAUGGACAACAGUUUCUACAUUGCCGCCUCAUUCCUCUGCUGCAUCUCUGUGGAUCGUUACUUUGCAGUGGUUUAUCCCCUGUAUUUUGCCACUUUGCGGUCUGUUCAAUUUGCUGUGCAGAUGAGCAUAGUUAUCUGGGUUGUAGAGUUAUCCUUCCACAUAAUAUACUUGUAUUAUGAGGACAUGCUAUAUUCUUUCUCUGAUAAUAAACCUCCUAUACCAGAAAAGGUUGUCAUUGUAAAUCUGAUAAGGUGUCUCACCGGAUUCCUUUUACCCUUGCUUUUAAUGUUUUUUUUCUAUAUGAAGAUUUUAAAGUCUGUUUUUGCCAGCACCGGGACUGAAGACAGUGAGAAGAGGAAAAUCAUGAGGCUACUGUUUCUUUCAUUGAUGACUUACUUUGUUUCUUUUGCUCCCUACCAGACAAUAAUGUUCCUGCGAAGCAUUUGGGAACCCCGAAACUGCGCUUUUGCUAAACAAAUGAGACACCCAUAUCUUCUCUCUGUAGCCCUGACCACAUUAAAUAGUGUGUUGGACCCAGUUUUUUACUGUUUUGUGAGUGAAUCCGCAAAAAAUGAAAUAAAGAAAUUGCAGCAGUCUUUGAAGGGGAAGCUUAAGAAUAUGCCUUUUAAAAAAUCGCCAUCUACUUCCACUGUACAUACAGUAAGCCUUAAUCAGAUUCAUCCAUGUUGAGAACCAAGAGCUAUAUAUUUUAUAUUUUCUUAUAGUUAAAAUGCUUUGUCAGAACAAAGACCUUCUGUAUUUUUAAGGUGACUCAAUGUGCUGUAUUUAUAAGACUGUUCUUAAACAAUUCAUAAAUAGCUUAGUUAUUGAUGCUAAAACAAAGACAUUAGGUCACAGUAAAUGCUGGGUUUUACUUUCUAUCUUUUUAUGAUUUUUUUUUUUUAAUGUAUUUGUUAAUAAAAAUUGUCAUCUUCAUCUUCAAUUACCGUUCAUACUACAAUAUACACAACCCAGACACAACACUUAUUGUUUGGUAAACCUCAUAAAAAAUAAAAAAAAUCUACUUAAUUGUACUGUAGAAGCAUGGUGAAAGCAAAAUUCUAUGCAAAAUAUAUUUGCAAAGAAAUAGAUUUUCACCUGUAAAAUAAAAUCCCCAUGGCAUUAAAUGGGGGAAAAUGUAAUAUUUGAACACUAGUGUAUGUGCAUGUGACAGAAUCCACUGUCAAGUGUGCAGUAUAGUAUAUUUAAACUGCAUUCCCUGUGCUGAACGGGGUGGCUGUGUAGGUCUGACGAAAGUUAAUUCUCACGUGGUCAGUUAUGAUAGACAGGUGUAACAGAAUUGGGGAAUCAGACACACCUGCCAGUAUUCUUUAUAAGAAUGUCAGAGUGGGCCUUAUGGGAUUGCAUUCUGACCAGAGCUGUCUCAGUUUGUGGUUGCCUGAAGCAGAUAAUGAAAACCCUAAAAUACAUUGUAUAUUGAAAUGGUUAUUUUUUGCUGUAUUGUAGUUUACCAGCAGAUGGCAUCCUUUGUACAGUAAAUGAGAAAAUACAGUAUUUAGUUAGAAUUAAAUGAAACAGCUCCAGUAUUGGAGGGACAAUUCAUGUUGAGUUUGUCAAAUUGGUGAUAAAAAUAAAUUCCACCCCAGGAUACAGGAACCCACUUUCUUAGUUACUGUUUUGUACAUCCAUGUUGUGUUUCUUUGCUCACUGGUCGGUAGCAUAAAUAGUGUGUGUGUGUGUGUGUGUGUGUGUGUGUGUGUGUGUGUGUGUGUGUGUGUGUGUGUGUGUGUAUAUAUAUAUGCACACACACACAUCGCACAAAAGCAGAUCAUAAAAGAAUGAGCAGGUUAUGUGUUGGACAGGAUAAGUCUCAGAUAGAUGCUCUUUUUUGACUAAAUAUUAAAAUACUGCAACAGGCUAAAACAAUAGGCCAUGUGAUAACUCCUAUUCAUUGUAUGUGUGCCACACCACUGCAUUUUAUUCAAUACCAUAUAGCACUGUCAAACAUAUUGCAACCACUGUUGAAGAGAUAUAUACUUUACACUAUCUGAAAGCUCUUGAAAAGUUCAUUUACAGAACAAAAAGAAGCGUGCAGUGUUGCACCUUACAAAGGUACAAUGUGUAAAACACGAAAUUAGGACAUGCACCAUGGUCUUGAACCAAUUUACCAAUUUGUUUUCUUGCAACAUGUGUUCGAAAUUGCAGUAAUUCUUCGGUCAGCAAGAGUCUCUUUAUUAUUUGUUUAUUUAGCAGACGCCUUUAUCCAAGGCGACUUACAGAGACUAGGGUGUGUGAACUGUGCAUCAAUAAAAUUACCCAUGCAACA